UGGUUUGGGGGGUUUAGAGUGGGAUUUUAAGGGCCUUUCCGUUGUUUCCCAAGAAGUGUCAAUUAACGCUACGGACGGGUGACGAUGCCUCGGUACUGUAUAUCGUGGUGAUGAUUCAAGAAGAUCUUGAUACUGAUUUUGACGAUGCCUCGGUGCUGAUUUUGACCAGAUUUUGAAGGCUUCGUUUUCCCGUGGCGGGGCGUCCUAUGCCCCCCUUCCGUCCACCGCAAUUCCCGUGGCUCUGUUUGCCGCCGUUCGCGCUACUCCGAUUUCCCCGGCAGGUCCAACAAACUCGACUGCAUGCGCCUUUGCAUCCCCGCAGACGGGAUACUACUAGCCGCCUCUCCAUCCUUGGUGAUCGACUGCUCUGUCCGCGACGCCGUCGUCUUUGCGCGCGGUAACUCUGGACCCGGCUGGGGCACGAUCAGAGCACCCCUUCAGCGGCGCGCGUUUCGGCGACACCGCGACCAAGAAGCUGGCCGAUCAGAUGGAGGCCAAGCGCAGGCGUUUCGAUGACAUGGCCAACAAGAUGCGGAUGGAGGCCACGCGCAGGGAAGAAGAGGCAGAGGACAGGGAGUACUUCACCGGUCUCAUCCAAGACAUGGAGAGGUCCGGCACAGUCACAAAGGAGAUGCCGAACGCACAUAUCGUCAAGUACCAUGUUACGUACAAUUCUAUCUAUCUAGGACCAAACUCCAUCAUGCUUCUUCCUUUGUUCGUCAUUGCUGGAAUCUUACUUAAUUAUGUUGUUUCACUUGUUGGAUCGACGAAAGAUCUCUUGGAGAAACUAUGGGGAUGGGACAGACUGCUAUCCAUGGGGGAUUCCGCCUUGUCGUGGUCCGACUACAGCGCCUACCUCGAGGAGUAUCACCGUCGGAAUGUCGAUGCUGUUAGCAGCAUAGCUGCUCUGGCUCAGACCUGUCUCAUCAGUGAGGAGCAGCUUGUGUCCGAGUGGAAGACCCAGAUGAAAUCUCAAAAGGAUGUUAUCCUGCUGACGAGGAAAUCGACCCUUCUGAGUUGCCUGAUCCACGAGUGUGCACGUUCAGUCGUCCACGCAGCAGGUCGUGGCUUUUCCAAUCUGCACGGUUCGGCUUUGUUGGUACGUUACCUAAGAAGUAAGAACACACCAAACGUUUUUCUUGUAUCUGAUCAUUUGGUCAUGAAAUGUUGUUGUGUAAUCCUUUCUCUGCAUCCUAAUUAUCUAAUGUUACAAUUAGCUGAAAUGGAAAGGGGGGAAACUAGUUAAUACUUAUAGGAGGAACUUGGCGGCUUUGUUCCUAUAUAAAGGAUAAAUUGGCACCCAAAUUCGCCUUGGCGAGUUGGAUUGGAUAUGGAUUAUUUUGAUUGACUUUAUUUUCAUUGUACUAUGCAAAACGAUGGUUUCAAGUGUAUUGCAAAGGA